GUCUUGUUACUACGCUCACUGUAGGUCAGUGGCGAGGUUAAAAUAGUUCGAAUUUAACAAAAACACUAAUAAAGCUACUUUUUAAAUGAAAAGUCAAUACAUUUAUGGACAAGUGAACACGAAUACCUCAUGAGACAAAAAGUGUUAUAAACAUUUAAGAAUAUACAAAGGAAAGUGAAUCGUGCAAGAUAGCGCCAUAACUGGAGAAGUAAACAACUGAUAACGAGUGAUUAUUGCUUCAUUUUAUCACAAUAAGUUGUUAUUCCACUCACAAUGGCAGGGCCAGUAGCUAGAAUUCCAAAUUUAGUGUCGUUUUUAGUGAAAAAUGCACAAAGUGCACGUGCGUUUUCAACGACGAGUGCUAAAAACUCAAUUCUCGCGCUGAACUGGGAAGAUCCUCUAAAUUUAGAGAGCCAACUACACGACCAUGAGAAAGCGGUGCGCGACACGUUCCGGGCUUACUGCAACGAGAAGCUACUGCCGAGGAUAGUGGAGGCGAACCGCAGCGAGACGUUCCACCGGGAGAUCUACAAGGAGGUGGGCGAGCUGGGCGUGCUGGGCUGCACGCUGCAGGGCUACGGCUGCGCCGGCGUCAACUACGUCACCUACGGGCUCAUCACGCGCGAGCUGGACGCCGUGGACUCCGCCUACAGAUCCGCCGUCAGCGUGCAGAGCAGCCUCGCCAUGGGCGCCAUCUACAACUACGGCUCCGAGGAACAGAAACAAAAAUACCUACCCCGAAUGGCCAAGGGCGAACUCAUCGGCUGCUUCGGACUCACCGAACCAAAUUACGGCAGCGACGCCGGCUCAUUAGUGACGCGUGCGAAAUAUGACGCCGGCACUAAAACAUACAAAUUAUCCGGGUCCAAAACGUGGAUUACGAACUCCCCGAUUGCGGACAUUCUGGUAAUAUGGGCGAAGGACGACGAGGGUAAGGUCCGAGGUUUUAUUGUCGAACGGGCUCAAGUCAAGAAGGGUCUAGACACGCCGAAAAUCAAUGGGAAGUUUUCUUUGCGAGCGUCGGCAACGGGCAUGAUAUUGCUCGACGAAGUGGUCAUACCGGAGGAGAAUUUAUUGCCGAACGUAGUGGGCAUGAAGGGGCCAUUCGGAUGUCUCAAUAACGCGCGGUACGGGAUCGCUUGGGGCGCGCUGGGCGCCGCGGAGACUUGUUUGCGAAUCGCCCGCCAGUACACGUUGGAUAGAAAACAAUUCGGCAGGCCGCUCGCCGCGAACCAACUAAUACAGAAGAAAUUGGCCGACAUGCUCACCGAGAUAAGCCUGGGCUUGCAGGGUUGUUUGCAAGUGGGUAGAUUGAAGGACCAGGGCUUGGCGGCCCCGGACAUGAUUUCGCUUAUAAAGAGAAAUAGUUGCGGGAAGGCUCUGGAGAUUGCGCGUGUGGCCCGAGAUAUGCUCGGCGGCAACGGAGUGGCGGACGAGUACCACGUGAUAAGGCAUGUAAUGAACCUGGAGGCUGUUAACACUUACGAAGGCACUCACGAUAUUCAUGCACUCAUUUUGGGGAAAGCUAUUACCGGGAUACCAGCGUUUCAGUAGGGCAUUAGGUUAUUACGGUGCCAUAAAACGUAAUUAAUGACUGUACGUAAAAUAUAUGAAGGUUGUAAAUAAAAUAUUUGCGCGUUGCAUUACAAGUCCAUGUAAGCGUAAAACAAGUGUAUUCUUUGGUUAAGUAAUUGUUUACAUUGAUUAAACAUUUUAUUUAUUA